AUGGCCUCGCGGGGCGGGGGGACACCCGCGGCGAGCGGGGCGAGCGGCCCCGCCGAACUACAGCUCCCACAAGGCCCGGGCGGCCUCUCGCCGCCGCCGCCGCCGCCGCCCCGGAACUACGCGGACCACAAUGCACCGCGCCGCCGGCGGAACUACCCGCCCCACACUGCGCCGCGGCCCCUCCCGGCGCGCGCGCACGUCUCGCGAGAGGCGGCGGGACGCGCGAGGCCUGCGGCCGUUACCGGCUCCAACAUGGCGGAUGGGCGGCCCCGGAUCAGGGCCGCGCUCAGGCGCAGCGGCCGCCACAACGCGCGGGCGGCGGCCCAGACUGGACUGAGUGUAGAAAAUAAGAGUAAAUCUGUCAGAAGCACUUUGGCGAAGCAGAGACUGGCAGUGUUCCCUGAUCUCAGAAAUGGCACACCACGGGUUAUGCUCAAGAGAGUCAUACAGAGCCAACCUCAAGUUUCACCGCUGGCACUUCGGAUAUCUAACCAUGAAGACACACAAGAAGCUCAUUCAGAAGUCCCAUCUAAGAGGGUUUCCAGCAUGGGGGAAUUGCAGCUGCCAGAUGUUGCUCCUGAGGACAGGAUCACUGUAUUCCGCAUGACAAAGAAGAGAAAGAAACUCAGCAUUUCUGAAUUUGAGAGAGCAGCAGAGAGACGACUUCCCCAGUACCAAGCUCAGUCAACGUUGGACAGCACAAUUAUGACUCGAUCCCUUCACAUGUCUGUGGGUUCCUUGCUGGCCCCAGACACCGUUGAAAAGAGGGGCUUGCUCCGGAGGCCAAAAAUCCGCAGGGCUGUUGACAUGCAAGAGUUUGAAGGCAGAGUGGAACAGAACAUGCUGAAGAACAAAGGACAGAACUAUCUUGUGGACUCACCGUCUGCAUCUGGGAUUCGAACAAGCCUCUUGACAAGUGAUGCAGAAAUGAUGAUGAAUAGCACAGAGCUCUUUGUUCAGCCCCAGCUGGAUGAACAGAGCCAAAAUAAAUCUGCUCUUGAACCCCAGCUAUCCAGUUUGAAAACUUCAGCAGAGAGGAGCUUGAUUUCUGAUGCAGAUCAAGAAGAAGCAAGGCUGGAGGGCCUGGUGUCUGGUAUGAGCACAAAAGAGAAAAGAUACUCCAAGAGCUCAAGCCUUGAUCAUGAGCAUGUUGACAGAACGACUGAUAUAUCUCCACAAACCCCUGCAAAAGAGCAAGAAGAAAAGCAAGAUCAUUCCCAUCAGAGUAACCGAGUGGCACAGAUUUCUUUUACUGAAGAGGAGGUGGUUUGCACUGCAGAACAUGGUGCAAAUGCUGGAUAUUCUGAACAUUUGGAGAAGAAACUGUCUGAAAAAGCAGAAUUGCAGAUAACUGCAGCACAAGACAACAGAGGUGAAACAGAAGUGGCUCCUUCAGCAGGAAAGGAACUGGCAGAAGGCAGCGUUGAAACCCACAGCUCUCCCAGAGCUGAACGUGAGAUUACCGUAGGCAUUGGAGCUGAAAGUCUGGGCAGGCACUCUCAUGCCUUUUCCUCAUUUUACAAACCUGAGAUGACUCCAUUAAAUGAAACUGAUGAACAAGAAGGUGAACCACAGGACCAGGCUAUCAUGCUAGAGUUGAAUAAUUCAGUGGAAGAGCCUGCUGAGGAUGAAGCUGAACACCCUGCAAGUCAAGAGGUUUCCAUGAAGACUCCUGCGUUUGUCCGUGCUCCAGCCUCCAACCUCCUGCUGUCAACGCCACGUGUUGCAAAACCUGCUGCUCCCAGGUCUCCCCUGCAGCAGCUGCAGCCCAAGGUAGUUUCAAAGAGGUUGAGAACAUCUGAGAAGAAACCACGUGACCCUCAAAUACCAAGGAGUUUGAUAAAGGAGGCAUUCAGACAUUUUGCUAAAAUGCCAGUGACUAGAGAUGCAUACAGAAUUGUUGAAAAAUGCUCUGAGAGAUACUUCAAGCAGCUGAGCGAUGAUCUGGAAGCUUACACCCACCAUGCAGGGAGGAGGACAGUGGAGGCAGCUGACUUGGAAGUCCUCAUGAGAAGGCAAGGGCUGGUGACAGACAAGACAUCACUGAACGUGCUGAUAGAGCGUCACUUCCCUCUGCAGUACCGGAAGCUCCUGAUUCCAGUUGCAGUGAGUGGAAAUAAAGUGAUCUCCAGCAACUGAAGGUGCAGGGAUGGCCCCUGUGGGUGGGAAGGUGGCCUGCUCCCUUCCCAGGGGCUGGCUGUGGGUUGCUCCAUGGUUCUGCUCCAGGUGAUGCUUUUCCACACAUAACCUGUCAGGCAAUGACUGCUGGCUGUUCUCCUGAGUAGAGGCAGCUUGUGCUGUGUCCACCACACCACCCUGCUGGGUCUCCUCAGCCUUAGUUACACGUCAUUUGACUGUCCCUAUUUUUAUAUGUUACCUUGAAUAUUUGUACAGCUCUGAUAAAUAAAAUGUGUGUAUUCUGUGUGAUGCCAUUGUGCUGAGAGGCUCCUGCAUUGUGGUGUUCAAAAUGUUGGUGCUCUUCAUGCCAACCAGGUGUCUGUGUUUGACACACCUGUGUGGUUUCUGUGGCUCUGCUCCCAUGCCCCUUUGUUUUCCACUGGUGUUCCAGGCAGUUGGUGCAUGUGCUCCUCACACAGGGAAACAAAACAAAACUUCUGUGUAUGAUUGUACUGCUUCCAGGGAGCCUGAACCACAGUAGGAAUGAGAUCUGACACAGCAAAGGGUGCUAAGGAGUGUGACUUUGUACAGCAGUUGAGAAGCUGGGAAAUAAUAAUGCCUGUCACAUGUACCAGUUUCAGAGGGAUGGAGAUGGAUAUUGAGCUUCCUCUUCAGUGUCCUUCUGGGGAGUCAGUGUGAUAGGAGUUGUUUCUCCCCAUCCUGAGGCUGUCCUAAAUCCUGCUGCAAGUGUGGAUCCUCUCUGGAUUAUGCUGUGUGUGUAGUAUAUCUUCCUCAAACAACAGCCAAAUGGCACAAUUUGUAGGGACUCCUGGAAAUCCAGCCCAGCUCUUAACAGCAAGAACUGGAAGUUAAACAGGUUUUGUACAACACUAAAGGACAUAAUGGCCAAUAGAGUUAAAAUCUCUUCAGCAGGCAAUGUCGAUCCAAAGGGCAGGCGUUUUUCAAGGAUUUUUUUUAAACAUAAUUCCAUUAAUUAACAAAGAGCAUUUUUUUACUGAUACAGUGUGACUGAAGUGUUGGAAAGUAAGGGGUCCUUUGAGAAGCUUUGCUGGGAGCAGCGUCUGCACGUCCUGCAGGGAUGGGAUUCUCUUCUCCAGUGGGUGUUAGUUCACUUUCUUCUCACAGGAAGGUGCAACUUCCCAAGGGGAGGAAUGGAACGAGACAGUGCUGUGCACCUGCUGCUUUUCACACUGUUGGGCUGACAUUGGGUUUGAAUGUUACAUGGGAAUUCCUCAACUCACUGGAGCCUUUUCCAUGGACUGGGUGUUUUCCAAACAGUUGAUACCUCUUUGACAGUCUGGAGUCCCCAGAGGUUGUAACUUUUUGUAUCAAACUGGCUUGUACAGAUAUCUAAAUAUAUAUAACUAUAUAUGUAGUCU